GCCGAUCAAUUAUCGCAAGGCGACGUGACUUAUCGGCUCUCUUGCCAUCUCAAAUCUCAUUUUCAGCUGAUUUCCUUUCAAUUUAUGUUGUUUAAUUAAAAUUUUUUAAAAAAGUAUCGUAAACAUGGGCAAAAAGUCUGGUAAGAAGCCCAAAGGACAAACAAAAACUAAAGGACAGAUACGGCAAAAUAACCAAAAUGCCAGAGUGAAGAAAAACAAGCACCGCCAAGAAGUGGUUAAAUUGCGUCUCAGUCCUGGAACCAGCAAUGGGGCCAUGCAAAAACCAGAAGCCAACAAUAAGCUAAGGGCACUUCUUAAACAAAAUUUUCAAAAAUUUAAAGAUGAUAAGAUAAUCAAGACACCGAAGCGCCUAAAAGAUUUUCCAAAACCUAAACGCAAGCUGGAUUUCAAGACCAACAACAAAAAUCCAACACACAUGAAGCCCUUAACGGAUUUGCCAAAACCAAAGUUCUACAGACCACCCGAGAUUUGCGGUGCUUCGAGCAACUUAAGAAAUGAAACGAUAGAAGAAGGCGAAAUUAUAGAAGAGCUUGAUAGCAGCUGUGAUGAUGAUUGUAUAAUAUUGGAUCCCAGCUCAAUAUGCAUUGACGUAGAUAAUGAUGAUAAUUCGCAAGAGGAGCAAACCAAAUAUGAUACUAAUGCCAAUGAAAAGUUGCAGAAUAAUGACAAUGAUUCGUUCAUACUUAAAGAUAGCAAACGCAAUGCCCAAUUGUUGUGGAAACAAAAAACUGAUAAUGGUUUACUAUAUUCAACUCUAAGCGAAACACAUAAUCCUCCUAAAGUUUUAGAUAACGAGGACACUGGAAUAAUCACCAUAGAUGAUAGUUUGGAAAUACCAGAAUCGAAAGCUGUUUCAGAUGAUUCCAUCGUAUGUCUCGAAGACUAUAUACCACUGUCAAGUGGAUCAGAACUUCCAAAGGCAGAAGCAAAACCAGUGAAAAAACCAAAACGUCCUGUCAAGAAGACUCGAUUGAAUGAUAGUCUCUUCACGACAUCAGAUAGAAAGAAAUUAACAGCAUAUAAUACCAAUACCUUUAAUCCCAGCGAGGAAGGAUCGGAAACGGAAGGUACUAAAACAGAGUCCGGACCAGAGAAUCAUAAGCGUUCCAUAGUUAUAGAUGGUAGUAAUGUGGCAUUUGGUCAUGGCAAUUCGAAUGUCUUCUCCGCCGAGGGUAUUAAAUAUUGUCUGCAAUAUUUCGAAAAGAUGGGGCAUAAUGUAAAGGCGGUGGUACCCCUUUUCCGCAAGAAUCCAACCAAAUCCUCGAAUCCAGAGUUACUCGAUCGUUUGUACAAAGAGGGCAAAAUUGUAUUUACACCUUGUAAAAACUUACCUGGUCAAAUGUCUAGCAGUUAUGAUGAUCGAUUCAUUUUGCAAAUUGCGUAUGAAUGGAAUGCGGCGAUUGUCUCUAAUGAUAAUUACAGAGAUCUAAUUAAUGAAAAUGUUGCGUUUAAAAAGAUUAUUGAGAACCGUGUAAUUGGCUAUUCUUGGUGUGAUAAUAUGUUCAUUUUGGCCAAGGAUCCUUAUGGCCGUUGGGGUCCUCAAUUGGAAGAAAUUUUACGUUGUUAAAUUUUGACUUUAUUUGUUUUUUGAGUUUGAAGGUU